CAGGACUGCCGCAUCCUUUUUCCCCAAAAAAGGCUGGCAUCUUUAAUAAACCUUCUCCAGUUCUCGUUAUUAAUAGGCGAAAUGGCUUAUGAGGAAGAUAAAAGAAACUGAAGGCUCAGAUAAUAUGAUGAUUCUAUGCUCAUGUGAUAUCAGGAGCCCCUCAAACUCUGAGUACUGGAUGAGGAAUCAAGGACAGAGAAAAGACAGCUGAGUUGAUGGAAGGGAGAAGGAACCAAGCCUUCCUUUAGCCUCAGUGCUAAAAGGGUCAAGAGGAUGAGCCAUCAGGUUUGCAUAAUGCGAAGUGUAUGGGGUCUUCUGCUGCUGUGCCCAAUGUCAUGGACAUCAGAGCCAAUAGUCAUGGAAUUGGAAGCCUCCAUGCACUCCACUCUGCUCUCGGACAUGCAGGCGCCUGUAUCCAGAGUGUCAACAGUGUCAGACUCUGUUGCAGUGGUGGGUCAGAUGUUCAGGAUGAAGAUCCCACUGGUGUCAGAAGACUGUCGUGCUAUAGACAUUUUGUCUGGGAUUGGCAGUGCAGCAUUCCCUGAGUGGCUUUAUUGGGAUAGUCAGCUAUGUCUUCUUCAAGGUCUACCAGUAGAGGGGGAUAAAGGUCUGUAUCGUUUCAGCUUGUCUUCAGAAGCCUUACAAAAUCAUGAUGGGAGUAUACAUAGUCACUUACUUCUCAGUGGAACUAAAUUGAGUAGUAGCUCUUACACUAACAGCUGGCAACCAGAUGUCUUCAUUAUCAAAGUAAACCCAGAAGAAAAACAGGACAUAGAAUCUACACCGUUGGCAGUGCAGACACACUCUAAUGCAACAAAUGUGUGUAUAUGUUCAAGUGGCCAGCCAGCCACUGUGCUAACUAUAAUCCUGGAUGCUGACCUCACAAAGAUGAACUCCAGGGAGCGACUGGUGCUGCUGCAGAAAAUGACUUAUUUUGCUAAUGAGCCACCAGAGCUAAUGCGGGUCAUGCCAGUUAUUAACAACCGUUUUUUUGAUAUGACUGCUUUUAUUGCUGGACCAGGAAACGCAAAGAAGGUGGUGGAGAAUGGUGCACUGUUGUCAUGGAAAUUGGGUUGUGCACUUGACCAAAGCAGCCUGCCUGAUAUUAGUGGGGUCCAGGGGCCAGCAAAAGAUGGUACUAUGUCGACUCUACUGGGCUAUCCAGUGGUUGGCUGGUACAUUGUCAAUAAGAAACCUCAGGUGUUCAAGCGUGUCAGAAGACAGAUCCAUACCACUCCGACUCCUGUGCCUUCCCAGUUUCCACCAACCACUCACUUAGCACCUGCAGAGCGUAUUGUGCCUGCUCCAGCAUCCCCUUUCAUUGCUCUCUCUACAAAUGUGUUAGUAAAUCCUGCUCGUGGUCCUUUGCCCUUACCAGUUAAACCUACAAUCCGUAUGCGGGAUCAUAUAGCUUACACACCUGUUCUUAUUCAACCUCUACCCACUCAAGUCCUGGGCAGUACCAGCACUCUGCCCCUGCAACCAACACUGACUCGCCCUAGUUAUGAGGAGCCAACUGCCUCUGUUACUGUUCCAACCACUCGCAGACCCAAGACCUCCACCUCGAAAAAAGGUAAGAAAGCAAAAAUCACUCCAAUGCCUAGAGAACCAAAAACUACUGAUAUACCAUACAGCAGUCCAGUGACUAACCAAAAGCCUCAGUUACUUAACUCUAUUGGUGAAUUGAAUGUGUGGGUUGGGACAUACUUUGAGUUGAAGAUUCCAGCCAAUACGUUCUUUGAUCAGGAAGAUGGAAACACAGAAAAUUUACGGCUGUUAUUGCAAAUUAAUCUUUAUCAGGCACUGGAUCAGGGCUCUUGGAUACAAUUUAACAGCAGCAGUCAGCUCCUGUAUGGCCUUCCUGACCAGAGCCAUUUUGGCAGACAUGAAUUUCUAAUGAUAGCAAUAGAUAAAGAAAAUUCAAGCACCAUGGAUGCUUUUCAGGUUCACGUAAACAAUUGGCCAGUUGAUGACCAGUCACCAGUUGUGUUUACAGCUCGCUUUCAAGGAGAACCUACAAUGUUGACCAAUGAUAUCAACAAGAAAAUAUUAUUCUGCAAGAAACUUGCCUUUGCACUGGGUGAUCGAAAUAUCAGUUCUGUCAUUCUAAGAAAAAUCUUAAGGGGUUCUAUUCUUGUGGAAUGGACCAAUAGCAGCUUGCCUAAGAAUCCUUGUCCAGAAGAACAGAUUCAUGAGAUGUGUCGCAGGAUUUCAGAUAAUCAAGGUCAUCCUACAUCCAUCUUUUACAGUGCAAUGGAGCCAGAGUUCAGACCCAUUAAUAUUGGGGUUCGUGGUGCCAACAAAUGCCAAAGGUACUCAUUCCUGCCACUAGGAGAUUUCUCCAUUCCUGUAUCAGCAGAGAAUAUUACUGGUCCUCUGCCAUCCACAGUCACACCUUCAUCUAGCUCAGGCUGGCACAGCAGCGAUGAUGUCUACUUACACACAGUUAUCCCUUCUAUAGUGGUGGCUGCCCUGCUGCUCACAGCUGGUUUCAUUGCAAUGGUUUGCUACAGAAAGAAACGGCAUGGAAAAUUGUCUACAGAGGAACAGGCUACCUUCAUCAAAAAGGGUGUUCCUAUUAUUUUUGCAGAUGAGUUGGAGGAUGCUAAAUCUCCACCUUCUUCCAGCAUGCCAUUGAUCUUACGUGAAGAGAAGCCACCUAUGGCUCCUCCCCAUUACCCCAGUUCUGCCUGUGGAGAAGUCCAUCAGAUCCUAGAGGAAUACAUCUCCUUCAAUGAUGAGGAUGAUGAUGAUGAUGAUCCCGAUGAUCCCAGUGCUCCUCCUUAUCAGCCUCCCCCUCCUUUUACAGUUCCUAUAGAGGGCAGAGGUUCUCGACCGAAGAACAUGUCAGCCUACAGGUGUCCACCACCCUAUGUGCCCCCCUAAUUAGAAAAAAAAAUGGCUCAUGGCCAUUUUAAGAAAAGACAUCAUAGUGGAAAUAUGGAAUAUAUUAAGUGACUGGUUUUGUGUGUGUGGACAAAGCCCUUGACUUUAAGGCAUGCUGCAUAAAUGAUGCUCUAAAUGACUCAGCAGUGCAUCAAAUAUACAAAACAUGGUAUUCUACAGGUCCAGACUUUAUAAGACCUUGCCUCAAACUUGCCUCAAACAUUGGGGACUCAUUGGGAAUGUCUGAACCAGUUACUACUGAGCAGUAACUAGCAUCUACUGAUUCAGAAAUAAGGUAAAUCCUAUACUUGCUGACCAUUUUGAAAUUGACAGACUAAAAUGCUCUGCAUAUUCUACUGCCCCUGAGUGUCACACAAUCAGAUCGUCCCCUAAGCAGAGACGAGGCACUGCCUAAACACAUUUGUUGUCUGUAUAGUUGACGUUUCUGAUUUUUUAUAAUGAUAUUUUUUAAUGUCUUUACUUGGCUCAACUCAACAUUUAUAUGGAAUAUUGUUUCUAUGUUCUAUAAAAUAAAAGCAAACCAAUGGUUUUAUCUAUUUGAUCAUAAGCAGCCACAUACUGUAGGUAGACAGACAUUUGUAUAAAUGAUCAUUUCAGUCUAAUGUAGAAUCUCUUCUUGCUCCGUGUAUGCAAUGCAGAUCAAAACCUAUGUUGUCAUUAGAUUUGUUUUUCAAAUCACGGUAUAAAUUAAUUUGCAAAUGGAAGUGCCAGACUCUUUGACAUAAUGUAACCAACAAACUCUUUAAUAACCUAUUUUAGACAGUAGGUGAGUAACAAAUCUGCUGACUUAUUGUAGCUGAACGAUAUCCAAAGUUUUUUCUUACCAUGAAUUCUUCUGUGGUUCUAUUACUAUUAAAUUAUUAUACUAUUAAUGAUAUUUCAGUUGCUACCACAAUUAGCAAAUAGACAGUAUCCUUUUUCUUGUUUGCCCCCUUAUCUACUCUUAUUUUAAGUUUUUCCAUUCUCUUUGUUGUAUUGUGACACUGCAUUAGGUGUUUGUGUAGAAUUGUGUGCUGGCUCCACCUGUGAAAUAAAAUACCAGAACACUAGAACUAGUAGAAUAAAAAAGGGUUUUAUUUUACAAGCAUUUUUUAAAAUAUGCUUAUUAUAUGGUAAAACCAAAAAAAUCCAGUAUGUUAUUGAAUCUGAUUUGACUGGAAUGUGCAUUAGCCUUGUGUUCUUGUGAAAGACUGACCAUUAAAGGAGAUAUGUGUUAGCUAAAAAUACAAGAAUGACAACACCAGACAACUGAAAAAAUUCCGUCCAACGUUUUUGCUACUUUUUUGAUACCUCUGAAAAUUACAUAUAAAAGUUAUAUGGAAUGUGUGAGAACUGAUUAUGAAACGCCAGUAGUGGCAGGCAGGGUUUUCCAAUAAAAAACAGUUUUCAGCAGAAUAACGUGAACAUAAAUGGCAAUGAAUUUUCUUUUAAUACCCUAAAGUUGCAGUUUGUGCCAAAAGCUUUGGCUUUACAACAUUGAUGCUACAUGCAGUGUAUGACUCAGGAUGAACAUAUAAACUAAAAUCAAGCUAAAACAAUAAUCCCACCCCAAAGAUGCAGAGUGGGGUAUUCCUGCAACUGCUAAUAUAAUAAUAAAAUGUAAACGUCACAGUUUUAAAAUUUGAGUGUUUUUGAGUUUGUAUGUAAACAAUAUUAUUCCUCUUAUACCACAGCGAUUUGCCAACCAUUAUCAUUUUUCUUUUAUUAAUAAAGGACACAUUGUACUUUAACAGUUUCCAGUUACAUUUAAUGGGUCUUAUUUAUUAAGCUGGAUACUAAUGGAUUUAUUUGCAAAUUGUUUGUAUGAUUGUUUAGUAAAGAAAUAUAGUAUUCAUGAAAAUCUAGAAAAAAGUUUAUGUAAUACUGAGUGUGUGAAAAUGUUUGCAUUUAUGUGUUGAAAGACUAAAAUCAAUGUCAGAGCUGUAUUGUUAUUGGAAAUUAAUCAACAGCUUCUGAUUCAAGGAGUUAGAAUCGCUGUGGUAUAAAAAUUGUAAUGAACAUACAUUCUCUUUUAAAGAAUGAAAAAAUCAUUAGGCACCGUCCCCACAGUACAUAGCAAUACCCGUUUUUUUUACAAAGAAUCGCUGGCCUAUAUUUACAUUUAUUUUACCCACAGAGCUCUUUACAAUGAAUAUUGUUGAAACAGUCAUUAAGUAAAUGUAAUCUACUGCAGUUGGCAUCCUGCAUUUUGUCUGUAAGAAGCAAUAUUAAUGGAAUGGCACAGAAUAAGCAGUCUGUAAUUAUCUGUUAUAAAAUCAUUAUAAUUAUGAAAUAUAAGAUAAUUAUGAUCGAACAGGAUAUAAAUGUGACUUGGAACAUCGUAUUUGUGCUAGAGAAAAAAAUCGAGGUUGCUUAUGCAGAAAUAACAAGCACGUCAUGACAAUAGAAGGAAGAAAAUGAAAGGAAAAUGUAAAAGCAAUCAUUUAAACAAUGGCAUUUAGAGGUGGACUAUAAGGAGAAUUAAAAUAAGCUACUCUACAAUUUCUUGAAAUGUCUUAACACUAGUUAUGAUUGAACACAGAAAUAACUGAGUAAACCUUCAGUGAAUAAGCAGUGUAUUUGUUAAAGGAUUCCUGGCAUGAGGUACUCAAUUACAGAUGAUCGUGUUUAAAGACAAAGAAUUAUGUUUUUUUUUAACAAUUAAAAAUGUAAAAAUGUAAACUAUUACUUUAUCAAGUAGUUUUUAAGUUUAUAUUGUUUUUGUUCUCUUCACUACAAUAAUUACAAUAAUAGACAAAUAAACAUUUUAUUCACACUACUCACUACUGUUCUUUGUGUCUCUGCCAA